UGCGCACCGAGGCUGCGGGUGUUUUGUUGACAUGUCUGCCGCAGGUCUUUCAUGAGGGUUUCUGCGGGUUUUGCAGGCAGAGCGCGGCCUCCCUUUACGACCCCACCUGAUGGAGAACCCCAGAGACCUGGUGGAGCGUCCGUCACGGAAGCGGCGGGACUCCUUCGGGAUGCUGGAUGGGCUGGAUGAGGACCGGAGCAGCUGCAGCACUGAGUCCAGCGGGGGGAGCGGCGCCUCCAGCCCCGAGGACAGCGAGGACGAGGAGCUAGGAGGAGGAGGAGGGGUCGCUCAACUCAACCCCUCCUCCUCCGCUUCACUGACACUCAUCAAGACCAACGGGCAGGUGUACACGUACCCCGACGGGAAGGCCGGCAUGGCGACCUGUGAGAUGUGCGGCAUGGUUGGUGUCAGAGAUGCCUUCUACAGCAAAACCAAGCGUUUCUGCAGCGUCUCGUGCUCCAGGAGUUAUUCCUCCAACUCCAAGAAGGCCAGCAUCCUCGCCAGACUGCAGGGGAAACCUCCUACAAAGAAAGCCAAGGUUCUUCAGAAGCAGCCUCUGAUGACCAAACUAGCUGCCUAUGCUCAGCAGCAGGCCAGCCAGCAGAGCAGCGUCAAGAAGAGCGUGUCCGUGGAGGUGUUCGACUGGGGCCGUUACCUCGGGGACGGAGAAGUGAUGGGAGCGCCGGUCAGCUGCUUCAAACAUGUCCCAAUGGGAAAGUCAUGGGGGGGCAUCGGUGAAGGCAUUCGGGUCGAGGUCCCAAACACUGACACCGGUCUGCCCAUGAAGGUUUACUGGAUCGCUACCAUCAUCAAACUGGCUGGUUUUAAGGCUUUGCUGAGAUACGAGGGUUUCGACAGCGACUCUGCGCGAGACUUUUGGCUGAAUCUGUGCGUGCCGGACAUCCACCCGGUGGGCUGGUGUGCCGCUGGAGGGAAACCUCUGGUCCCCCCUCAGACCAUCCUGCACCGCUUCUCCAACUGGAAAUCGUUCCUGAUCAAGAGACUCACAGGAUCCAAAACUCUGCCGCCAGACUUCUCCUCCAAGGUGCAGGAGAGCAUGCAGUUCCCCUUCAAGAAGCAGAUGAGGGUGGAGGUGGUUGAUAAGACUCACCUGUGCCGGACUCGAGUGGCUCUGGUUGAACAGGUGAUUGGCGGCCGUCUGCGGCUCGUGUACGAGGAGUGCGAUGAUGGAACCGACGACUUCUGGUGUCACAUGUACAGCCCUCUGAUCCACAGCAUUGGCUGGUCUCGAUCCAUCGGACACCGCUUCAAACGAUCCGAUGUGUCAAAAAAGCUGGAUGGUCAGAUGGAUGCACCUGGACAGCUGUUUGCCAAGGUAAAGGAAGUGGAUCAGAGUGGUUGCUGGUUUGAAGACGGGAUGAAACUGGAAGCCAUCGACCCUCUGAACCUGUCUGCCAUCUGCGUGGCCACAGUGAGAAAGGUCCUGGCAGACGGGUAUCUGAUGAUCGGCAUCGAUGGCUCAGAGGCGGCCGACGGCUCAGACUGGUUCUGCUAUCACUCCACGUCUCCCUCCAUCUUCCCCGCUGGCUUCUGUGAGAUCAACAAGAUCGAGCUGACGCCCCCUAGAGGUUACACCAAUCUGCCCUUCAGAUGGUUUGAGUAUCUGAAGGAGAGCAAGUCUGUUGCUGCCCCGGUCAACCUCUUCAACAAGGACGUUCCUAAUCACGGGUUCCGCCCCGGCAUGAAGCUGGAGGCCGUCGACCUCAUGGAGCCGCGGCUCGUCUGCGUCGCCACCGUCACGCGUAUCGUCCACCGGUUGCUACGGAUACACUUCGACGGCUGGGAGGACGAGUACGAUCAGUGGGUGGACUGCGAAUCGCCUGACCUGUACCCGGUGGGCUGGUGUCAGCUAACUGGAUACCAGCUGCAGCCUCCAGCUGUUAACGCAGGCUCCAGAGAUCUGCAGUCAGCAGCAGCCAAACAGAGGAAGAAAUCUCAGCAGUACAAAGGACAAAAGAAAAAGAGGAAGCUGCCCAUCGCCAAGCGACCUGUCAGUCUUUCCGGUGCCGUGGUAACGGGCGUUCCCAGGAGCCUAUCGGGAGACGAGAACGAGACUCCGCCCGAUUAUCCGUCACCCCCUCCUCCGGCCUCAGCAGCCCAGCCGCCCUCUGCUGACCUGGGGAGCAGCCCUCAUGCUGAGGGGGGGGCAGGAGUCAAAGAGGAGAGUGCCAGAGGGGCAGACGGAUCUUCUCAAAGGACUGAAACAGAAACAAACGGAUCCUCUGGAGAGUUCCUCACCAGCCGAGUCCAGUAGUAGGCCUCUUCCAUCCUCUUCUUCCUUCAUUUCUCCUCCCAUCAAUGUGUUGAAAUCAUCUACUGAUAAACUCAAAAGCGUUUGACAGCUUCCUUCCCGUCACCACUCCUUUUCCUCUCAACCUUUUCCGCUGUGUUUCCGUGUUCUGCUGUCUGGAAAAAUUAGCCCUGCUAAAGGAAACAAUAGAUGCAGGACAUUAAAAAACAAAAAAAUUCUUUUAUAUGACACUUUUUCCAACGCCACGAUCUCGAUUGUUUGUAGUUGUUCGUGUUUGAGGGUUAAAAGUCUUGAUGUAGUCAUAAAAACACUGUUUGUUUUAAUGUGAGUGUUUGUGAGGGCCUGGAUCAGUGAGGAUGCCACAUAAGAGAAAAAAAAAAAAGAAAUGGCCAAUAGGAGAGGAGCUUGUUUACAGUUCUCGAGCCUCUGCCAAUAGUUUUGCAGCAUUUGGAGGGUUUAAAAUCAGCCACAUUUUCUCUCUGUGAUGAUUUUAAAAUCACUUUCAUCCAAUCACAGCUGCACCUUUAAAAGAUCGUUCUGGUUUAUCUCAGCCUGUGGGGCCUCUACAGCCGAGGUGAGGACCGCAGAGUUAGCACCACCCACGGUCAUAUUAAUGGAAAAACAGCAGCUGAAGGAACGCUUACUGCUGCAUUCAUACUUGUUCAUUAAGAGUUUAAUAAAGGAAACGGAAUAGUUCUCCAUCUCCAUAUUUUUGUCCUGGGGCUCCAUUGCAGUAGUUCUUCUUUGUCUUUCACAGCACCUCAGUUCUUCCUCUAUCUGAUACAAGCAGUUUUAGCCCCGCCCCCUUUAAGAGAAUUUUAUCCUGGUUGGCUGGCCUGCAGACGGGUUGCCCCCUCUGUGAUGUCAUACAGAUUCAAAAGUAGAAAAACCUGAGCUUCUGGCCCACAGAGAUUAUAGUACAAUUCUUCAUUAGAAACUUCAGAAAUGCUUCAUGGGAACUUUAUUUAAAAAAAAAAAAACUUUCUUUAACAUCUCAGCAGCUAAUAAAAGAAAUAAAAUGUCUUAGAGAUUACUGAUACCUCAGAAAAAGUUUUAAACAGUUAAAAGGAUAAUUUUUAAAAUUAGAUAUAAGAAACUUUAUUUCAAACGCACUGUAAAAUGAGUAUAUUUGAUUUUAAAAAUCUAUUAAUAAUGAAGACGAUCUUAAUCACUGCAGAAAUAAGUUUCAACAGCAGCCUGCUGUGAAUAAGAGCAGCCUGAAACUAACAUCUGAAAAAUAAAAAUGUUCCUUUAUUCAAAGUUUUUACUUCGCAAUAAACUAUAAUGUCAUGAGGAAAAUUAAAAGCUGAAUAUGUAUUUCAGCUGCUACAUUAAUUUACAAUGUAUAUUUUGAUAUUUUCAGUUGUCUAUUAAAUUAGAUAUUUUUAAAAAAUGUGUAAAAACAGCAAAAGAUUAAAAUCUGUUUGUUAAAGAAACAAACUAUUAACUGCAAAAAUAAAAGCAAAAUCAAGGGCAAAAAAAAACAGGUUAAAUAAACUAUGGAAACCAAUUAAAAACAAUGACAAAAUACGCAAAGUUUUACUCCUUUAAUAUGAUUCUGGUUUGCUGUAAUCUCAACUUGCUUAGUAACAUAUGUAUGUCUGACAUUAUUUUAAAUUAUUUGACCUUUUUAUGUCAAUAAUUUGACCCCUGAGUCAAAAAUUAUAUAUUUGAAAUUUUCACUUAUCUCGUAAUCCAAAGUUGCUCCAACAAUUCAUAUUUUUCUCUUCCAUCAUUUUGGCUAUCUUACAUGUUCUUAUAGAAAAUUAAUGUUUUCAUAUUUUAAAAAUAUAACAUUUAGGAAUUUAUUUAUUUGUAUCAAUGGGAGUUUAAUUUCAUAUAAUUGAGUAAACAUCUCAAAAUCUGACCUGUUUUUAUAUAAUUUAAUGUAUUUUAACAUGAAGUUUCUGUCUCGUAAUUUUUUUCUUUACAGAGUAACUAAACAUUUUAACAUUUUAUUUUAUUUUGACUUUCUGUUGCUGUUUUUGUGUAAUAACUCUACAAGUCACACUUUAAAAACAUAACAAAAAGCACAUCAAAUAUUUGACUGGCCCCUUAUCCUGUAACUCUGACCUCAGAAAAAGAAACAUACUAUUAAAUAUUCAGAGUAUAUUUUACUUUUAACAUUAUGACAUACUUCAGGUCUGACAUCAUAUACUUGUUAGUAAUUACAUUUAGAGUCAUAAUUUUACUUGUUAAUAUAAAAUUUUCACAGAUUCAGUCAAAAUUUUAGAUUUUUUUUAAAAUCAGGUAGCUAAAUGCUUUUAAUUUUGAUCCCAGAAGUUAUUAAUUAUGUAUUUACUUAUUUCAGUGUCUCUCUCGCUCUCUCUCUCGCUCUCUCUGUUUUUUUUUGGGGGGGGGGGGGGGGUAGUUUUUGAUAUGUCUGUCUAUAUAUUUUAAAAACUUGAUUUUUUUUUUUUUUUUUUAAAUGGUGUAUUUUCACAAAGAUUUUCUUGGUUUAUAAUUUUGAUGAUUCAAGAUUUCAUAAAUUGUUAAUAUUUUUUAAAUUCGAUAUAUUAUGACAUAUUAAAGUGAAAGGGUAUGACUGUUCUUACUUUACCCCAUAAGACAAAAAUAUUUACUCAUCAUUUAUUAUCUCAUAUUUACUAAGCAACUCAAACUUUUUCUAGUUUCAUCACUUUGCCUUAAUAUUUUAUCUUUUUGACUUCAUGAUCUCAAAGUUUUUCUUGCUCAUGAUUGUAUUGAGUAAUUUAAAUUGUUACCUUUUAUUCAGUAUUUUCAUUUUUUUUAACAUUUCUGAGUUUAUACUUGUGUGAGAGCAAAUCUCUGAUCUGUGGUGGUAAAACGAGUUGGAGUUUCUCAUGAAUUGUUGCUGAGAGACUUUAAACUCCAGAGUUUGUGUCUCAAACUGAACUGUGUGAGUCUCUGGGAGCAUCCCUCACACUGAACUCGUAGCUGUUUUAUAAAAUCUGCCCGCA